GGUUUCCUAUAGAACCGCAGCAAGUGGAGCAGCGGGAACCUGUGGAGGAUUUACUGAGAUACUAACAUGCUGUCUUUUAUUUUUGGGACUUGAAGAAAACAAACCAAACCGAUGGAUGUCUGGAGCUCUGCCACGAUGCACAGUGCGCAGCUUUGGCGCAAAUUAUUCCUCUGGAAUAUCCCUGUGAAAUGUUUCCGGUUCUAACGCGAGGAACUGGUAAACACGGUGAUAUGAAGUCCCUUUUUGUGCCAUGUUUCCUACACCGUGUCCUCCUGCUCCGGAUCGCGACCCAUGGGAUGUAGUAAAUGGAGCGCUGCGUUCAACUUUGGACACCUGAAAGCGCAGUCCAAGCUGUCCGUCUUCUUUACCAUGGUCCUUCUCUUCACUUACCUCCUCUACUGUCUCAACGGAUACUGCGACUCUCUGCCCAGGCCCGUCUACGAACACCAGCCCGUCACCGGCAAUGAUGGUGCAGAAGGCGAGCAGUUUCUCGGUGCGCACAACGCGUCCCCGGUGUCGCUCGUCCGGAAGCAGCUGUCGGACUCACCAAACGUCCAUCCUUCCAACAUCUCCAUCGCCAAUAAUUUCGGCAGCAAAAAGUUCCCCCAGGCCAUCAUCAUCGGGGUGAAGAAGGGCGGCACUCGGGCUCUACUGGAGUUCCUGCGCGUCCAUCCGGACGUGAGAGCCGUGGGCGCAGAGCCGCACUUCUUCGACCGCUUCUACGACAGGGGGCUGGAAUGGUACAGGAGCUUAAUGCCUCGUACUCUGGAGGGUCAAAUCACCAUGGAGAAGACCCCAAGCUACUUCAUCACCAAAGAAUCACCUCGGCGCGUCCACUCUAUGAGCCGCCAUACCAAGCUCAUUGUGGUGGUGCGAGACCCUGUGACCCGUGCUAUUUCUGAUUACACCCAGACACUGUCCAAAUCGCCCAAGCUUCCAUCAUUCCAGAGACUGGCCUUCCGCAACACCACCACAGGGCUCAUCGACACGUCCUGGAGUGCCAUACGCAUCGGCAUCUAUGCCAAGCAUCUGGAGAACUGGCUGCGCUACUUUCCUCUGUCACGUUUCCUCUUUGUUAGCGGGGAAUGGCUAGUGACGGACCCAGCAGGGGAGAUGGGCAGAGUCCAAGACUUUCUAGGCCUCAAACGUGUGGUGACAGACAAGCACUUCUACUUCAACCAAACCAAAGGUUUCCCAUGCCUGAAGAAACCUGAGGGCAGCAGCAGGCCCCGCUGCCUGGGAAAGUCAAAGGGCAGACCCCAUCCUCUGAUACCAUCGGAGGUCCUGCUCAAGCUCAGGGACUUCUACACACCCUUUAAUCUCAAGUUUUACCAAAUGACUGGUCAGGAUUUUGGCUGGAACUAAACGGCUACCCACCAAAGGUCUUCAAAUCUGUCAAUGCCAGGCUUGUUGUGUGAAGCUUUUCCAACGCAACACAUUUAUCCUUAAGGCCCUUGUUAAAGUCAUGCUUAGGAAUGUUGUUUAAGCUACAAGUUCUUGAGCCAUGUUAGCAAACUGAAAGCGUAUAAAACCCAUCAGAAUUACAGAGACAAGCACAGGCCACAGUGACACAUACUGCUUUGUCUGUUGUUGGAACUUCUAGUCCAAAUUUCUUAAAAGCACAACCUCAGAUUAAAAGCAAUGUCGCCACGGUUAAUCUGUAGGUCAAAGGGCUAAUGAACUGUAAUAGCAGAACCACACACACCAAGGAAGGCACUUUGAAUAAAGGCAGUAUCACAAUCAAUCCAAACAGGUCUGAGUAAAUGAUGUACCAUGUCUACAGGUAUAUAGAGCAUUGUUUUUCUUCAAAUAUCCCAAUGCUAAACCAUAAAAUGUUUGCCUUUUCCUUCAAUUCUCUUUCUGAUUGUAACAAGGAUGCACUGCUUGGUUCAAGUAGGUACCAGACACUCAAAAUGUACAAUACUUAUCCAUGCUGUAAAUUUCCUCUUUAUGUCUCCAAUGUGAUGCUUUUUAUAGUUACAGACAUGGAAAAAUAUUUCCAACUGUUUCCAACUGACUUUGACCUCCACAAAUGGUACUCAUGUAUGCAGCUGUAUAUUUUUGUAAAACCUAAUUUAUUAGAAAACAAACUGUUGUAGAGAUGUUUUUCUCUGGAUUUUGUAUCUGAUUUUUGUUUUUUAUUUCAAAUCCCGACUAAAACCUUUAAUUCUGA